AUGACGAAGAAUACUUCAGAAAACAAAACCAACAAUGAUCAGCCCCCAUUGCACAGUUCUAAAAACAAAACCCUCCAACCUGCGUACUCAGUUACCAACAUUCAAAUGAAGAUUCGUAUUCUUGAUGGAACCAAGGUCACCUAUACGUCAUGGGUGAAGCUUUUCAAACUUCAUACCAUGGCAUAUAAGGUUCUUGACCGCAUCGAUGACACACCAGCCCCUGACUCUGCAGAUUCCACAAUCUCGGACGACCUCCUCACGAGUGUUCUUGACACUGAUGCUACGGCUCGCACCACAUGGUUGAAGUUAGAAAAAAUAUUCCUCAGCAACAAGCAAGCUAAGGUCGCUGCCCUCGAAUCACGGUUUGUUAAUCUCACCCUUGAACAGUGCAGCUCCGUCGAUGAUUACUGUCAGCAAUUAAAAAGCUUAGCCGAUCAACUUCAAGACGUUGAUCCGCAGGUUACCGAGUCCCGCCUCGUCCUUAAGUUGGUCCGUGGCUUAUCACCCAAAUUUGACACUACAGCAGCCUUGAUUAAUAAUCAAAAGGCUGAUUGGGAUUUGGCUCGCUCCAUGAAAUGA